GUCUUCUACUGUAAUAGUUAUGGAAAAUUUUCUAAUAUAAUUUUAAUUAAUUUUCGAAUAAAUACUAAUUUAUUUUUAACAAAAAUUAAUGAAAAACGACAAAGAAAACAGAUACUACGAAAGUCUAAUAAGUGCGAAUGCGUGUUUGAAGAAUUAAAUGAAUUAUCAGCGUUGAAACUCUAAAGUUGAACAACGGCAAAGGCAGUUGGGCACAGCCCAAUGCCAAAAGUGGGAAAAAUCGAAGUCCAUUUGCAUUUGCUAAUAAGGGCGUGGAAAAUUAUGAUGUAUAAAAAAUGAUAUGCUCAAUAAAUGAAAUGCAAAUUAUAUUUUAAUAAAAUGAUCGUAUGCGUAAAGUUUAUUAAAAAAUUAGUUGUGAAAAAUAGUUCGUGCUCAAUGAAUUAUACGCGGUUGAAAUGUGAUAUUUCUUAUCUAUUGUUGUAUUUCUUUUUGUAAAAUCAUUUGCGACUGAUUAAUUUGUUAGUUUUAAGUAUCAAAAUUAAAACAUUUUCAAAAUGGAAAUGGUCAUCGAAGAGACUGAUAACAAUUUCGGUUUCCCUGAAGCGGGUACCUGGAACAAUACCAGCCACAUACCGCUGGAAAAUAUGAAAAUCGAUGCGCCAAUGAUAUGGCUCCUAUGCUCUCUACUGACGUCUAUAACAUGGGUAACCUAUAUAACAUUUUACAACUCUCGUCUAGUUGGGGUUUUUAUAACGAAAAUUGUUAAUCGGUGGUUUAUAAAAGGCGCAUAUUUUAAAAUUGGUUCUGUGGCAUUAAAUCCGUUGGCAGGAAAAAUCAUGUUUCGAGAUUUCGUCUAUAUAACAUUUGAUUAUUCGGUGCGUGUGCAAGAUGGUUACUUUAUAUUCCGUUGGUGGCGAUCUUACGUGCCAAAAGAUGUUUCUGAAGAUCUCUCACACUCGGAUACAAGACUCUCUGUGCAAUUAAAUGGCUUUGAGCUGCAUAUAUACAAUCGCUCCGAUUUGUAUGAUCAACUGGAGAAAACAUUUGGAUUGAAACCUUCUUUGCUUAUACCGACUGAUAAUUUAUCGGCUGAAGAGCGUUCCAAACUAAAAGAGCACACCAUGAAUAUGGAGAACGCACGUCAAAGUAAACGUGAAAGUGUAAAGAACUCCGAAGCCAUGAAAGCCACAACUUGGCGUGAUUUAAUUCCCGUGAUAAAGAUGGACAUCUGUUCAGGCCGUUUCGUCUUUGGCAACCGCUUGACACCGACAACUCUUUCCAUUUCAGUGGAAGAGGCACAUUGUACAUAUAGUACCAAACCAGCCGUUUGUCGGCUCGAUCAUUUCAUGCAUUUCGUAAAAGCAAAUAUUGAAAAUGCUAAAGUUAUGUUCGCACCUAGUCCAAAGUAUACGGGUUUAGUUGAUGAGCCGCCACGUUAUAUGGGUGAGGGUUUCGUGGUAAUGAUGUGUAACCAAAUGGAAUUGUACUUUUAUAUGGACGAACCAGGUGUGGUGCCGGAAGAGCCAGUGACAAUUAUAUUGGCUAAUGGUGAUGUAGUUGAACCUUCGCCACCUGUUUGGGGUAUCAAUAUCAAAUGCUUAAAAGGCACUGAUUUUAGUUACGGCCCUUGGGCAGAUCGUCAACGAGAUCAUCUCUUUAAAUUCUUCUAUCCACCCGAUUGGCAAGAAAUGAUGGUUACGCCUACGCCCAAACCCGGUGAGUUGCGCAGUUAUCAAUCGUUUGAUGUUACACUCUGUGUGCUUAGCGAAGCCACAAUCGAUAUACUCUUCUCAAAGGAUAAAGAGACGAAUGCCAUGCACAUUACCGUCGGACCAGCGUCAUAUGUGGAAUUGACCAUACCGUGGGUAACACAUACCGAUGGUUAUACUUCGAAAAUACAAGGUCAAUUGUUUCAUGUUGAGGCGACAACUUCGUUACAGUAUCGUAGUCUAGCUGAAUUGGAGUCGCUCGAGUACAAAGUGCGCAUACACUACCCCACACUGUGGAAUGCGCCACAAGAUUGGAGCAUCUCGUUAACCGGUUGCAAGGCGACCGCUUUUAUCGUUUAUAAGCAUAAAUGCUUCUUUCAGGAUCUCAUAGAGGAUUGGGCCAGCAAAGCGCGACCCGAUAUUCUUGCAUUUGUCCCAUACACGUGUAAAUUCAAUAUACUACUGAACGAGUUUGAGAUACUGAUGCUCUGCAAUGAAUACAACUGGAUUGAUUGUUCGAGUGCAAAUCAGGAAAACAAUCAUUUGGCAUUUUGCGGUGAUGUUUUCGACAUGAGUUUCGCCUUGCCGUUCGAUGAUUUUCUACCGAAAACGGUAACAUUAAAAUUUUGGAUACACGGAGAGGGCUUAGACUUGAGCUUGUACGUUCCGGAGGUGUCUUCUGUGCGCCCAAUCGUGUUGGCUAUCGAUGAAAAUGCGCGACUUUUGACACGUGGUGGCAGAGUUAAGACGCGUCCAGAAUUGUAUUCGAAAAAAUGGCGUAAAAUAUGUCAGCGAAGCGCGGGCUGGAUAGAUUGUUGGACCGUGCCUAUAGUUGCGCUAUCUAUACAGUAUGUCUACCACCCCGUGCCACCGUUGGGUCCCGAUCCACAAGCUGAUAUUACAACACCAGAAAAGGAGGAAAUAUUGCUUAGCCCCAUGCGUAUACCGAAAAUACGGAAGUCCCCACUAUCCACGUGGCAAAAGCCAGAGCAACACAAAUUCGAUCCAGCCACCUUAACGGCGGACCAAGUUACUGUCGAGUUGGAGAUAGGUUCCUCGGUGUUGAUGUGUUAUGGCAAUGUCUUGCGUAAUUUUAUAAACUUAAAAGAAAAUAUAUUUGGCGAAGAUCAAAACUUUACCGAUAUGGAACAGUCAAAUGUGAAUUUGAAAGAGAGCACUUCAACCAGCACAACGGCUAAUCCCAAAGAUCAAUUGCUUUCUAAAGAAAAAGACAUAGCAAACAAGUCCAUAUCAGAAGUAACUGUGCCGGAGGAGAAACAAAAACCAUUCGAUCCACGUUUAUAUCGGCCAUUGGAGGUUAUAGUUUCACUUAUAAUACACGAUAUACAAGCGCAUAUAAUGAAAAAUUGCAAUGAUAAUGAUCCACCCUGUCCGGUCGUACUGAUUGAACGCUUCGGCUUUGAAAUGAAUAAACGUUAUCACGAAACUACGCUGCAAGUGCUCGUUAGUCCUUCGUAUUUGAUCACCUCAGAUUUGGUAGUGCGCCCAAAUAGAGAUAAGCAUAUAAAUCAAGGGCAUUUAUUACUCUCAGCAGUGCAGGUACGUGGUCAUGCCAUGUUUAGUAAUGAAGGAUGUGCACUUGAUGAAGACACUUUGGAAUAUUCUUGGUUAGUUGAAGUGCAAUUGGGCAAAUUGUCGGGCAAGCUUACAUUGCCGCAGCUUUGCAAUGUUGUUGUUGGCUUAGAAACCCUCGUGCUAUUGGCAGUGGAUCCGGAAAAUUGUUUGAAAUCUCCGAAAACAGUACGGAAUUGUCAUCAUGGCGUACCCAGCAACCAGUGUCCGCACACCAAGGAGGAGAAUAAAUAUAAAUGUCCUUCAGCUGAGGAUAUUAAAUAUAAAAUGACACGUGUAUCCAUAGAUGCAGUCGAUGUUUAUUUGAUUGAGAGCGGCACAGCUCUACAUGCAUGGGUCUCACCCAUUCGUCUCGCCAACUGCAAUCUGCAUGGACAACGUGUUAAGUCUGGCAUUUCUGGUUUACUACCCUCAAUACUCUUGCGUCUCUUUAUGCAUAAUGGUAGUUCGUACUCAAAUCUUACAAAUUCUUAUAAUACUAAUACCACAGGCAGUAAUCGUUCGGGCAAAAUGCGUCGUUCCGAACAAGAUUCAAUUAAAUCCGAAUCAUAUCAACAGCAACAGUCACAAACUCAACAUAUCGGCAAGGCAAAGCGCAGCUCGAAUUCAUUUUCACAGCGGCGCGAUUCACGUGAAGAAAGCAAUAGGAAAAUGCGUGACAGUUUCUCGGAAAGUAAGCGCGCAUAUGAGACUGAGUUUUUUGAGAAUUGGGUUGAGGUGGGUUGUACCUCCUUAGGGCCUAUUCUGCUGGAAGGCGCGUCGGCAUUGCCAAUUCCGGAUCACAAAUUACAUAUCGUACAACAUAAUUUUCUACGCGAACACGAUGCCAAGAAUAAGCGUUUGUGGUUCUUGUGGUCUACAAAUACUAACACCUCGGUACCUCCGCCCUCCACCGGCACAGAAGUCUCACGUUGCGGGUGUAUUGGUGGUUGUGCAUUCUUCGGCAGCAAUCGUAAUGGCUUGAAGUUCUUCAAACCCUCCACACAAGAUGUGCAAGACAACUACAAUAUAGCGCGUUAUUUCAUAAUUAACAACGGUAAAGACUAUGGUUUCGGCGAGAGCAUACUACAUCAGGGUCAAUUGGUCUUCCAUACACCACCAUAUAGUUUGCAUUCAGUUUCAUUGCAUGAUAGUAACGAUUUUAACGGUAAAGGCAAACAUUAUCGACCUAGCGUCGAAUUGCGCAAUGGUAGUCUCAAGAAAUCAGAGUUAUGCAGCAAAGAAGUUGGUGGCAAGCUGAAAAUCAGUAAUGCCAUUGAAAUACCAGACAUCAACGGACGUAAAUCCCGCGAGAGCAUAGGCUCGCCAAAUACACUCGAGCGUCGUAAUAAGCGUUACUCAUACACAACAAAUAGGCAAACAUCCGUGGAGGUGCCUUAUGCAAGACUCUUAGACAGUCCCUCGAAAAAGGUUCUACGACAAGACUCGAACGAAUCACCGCUCCAAGUGGCAUUCAGACGUGGUUCCGAUGCAGCAAAGUCACAAUCUCAAAACAAUACUCUUCGUGUUUCACCGCCAAAAACAAGCAUAUCCGAUUCACGCUUAACCGGCGAGGCUGAUGUUGAGGAUGAAUUGGAGAUACCAGAUGAAAUGUCACAUUCGGCGCCACAUUCCCAUCCGCUGGAAUAUGAAAUUGCAGAUUUGCCAUUGCAGACGCAAUUGUGUAAUGAAACACCGCUUUCCAAUGGUGGUGCGGAUCAUUUGACGCGUGAAGUGCAGCGUACAAUAUCGCUGACGUCGGAGAAUCCAUCUGAAAUGUUUUUCUCAGCGGAAGAGGACAUAUCGAAUAUGAUGUCACAAGGUGGUUCUGUUAAGAAUCGCAAUGGUUCCAUAGUAUUUUCCGGCAAAAAGCGGUUUUCAUCUGAUCUGAGUAUUGGCGCACAAAAUGAAAAUGCUGGUCUUACACUCUCUACCUACCGUAGUGAUUUGGAAAUUCAUGCACCGGAAUGCAAAACACUACCGAAGCGGCCGCAAAGCACCACUGAAUUGAACGAAGACGUGAGACGUAUUCAUGGUCUUGCCACACCAAUCAGAAAACUAUCAAAUAUUUCAUCAAGACCUGAGUAUCGACAUUUUAUUCAUGAUGUUGAUUCACGUGGCUCAUCUUCAGGCACACCAUCACUUUCAUCUAACUCCUUCAUCUCGGCCAUGUCCUCGCAAGAAGAUGUGGCACUUGUCAAUUUGCAUCAGCAAGUUAAUCGCCCAAUCAUAGACUCGCCCCUGUUGAUGGCAAGCUAUCUAAAUCACUUGUCACAAGUGAAAUGUUUUAAUUGGACUGCAUGCUCAUUUCCAUCGGGUCCAGAUGUUUUCUCUACACCGCUCUUUCAUGAAAACGAAGACGGCGGGCUAACAUAUAUUGGCAGCAAAAUGUUGCCGCAUUUCGAUUUGUACUCCUGUUGGCGUGAGAUUAAGGUGGUGCCACGUUACGAAAAUGCUACGGGUAGCAAUAGUUCAGCCACAUUUAUGGGUGGUCCCAAGUCGCAUCCGUGGGAUCCUAGUGUGCUGUUGAAGGAGGAGGAGAGCGACAAGACUACAAAUGGUUUUGAUGAUGGGGAGUUCAUGAGUUUACAGGCCGAGGGUGCUGCUUGCACAUCGGUGGUGGCACGUUUGAAAGGGCAGGUGAAUGUUUUUCUGACACCCCUUAUGUUGGAGGGAUUACAGAGAAUGGUCGAGGCCAGCAUACCGACAAUAUCAUCGCUGCAUCUGCUUUCCGUGGUAAAUCACAUACACGCCUCAUGCAUUGCGAAGGUGCAGAAUGAUAACAUACUGAAGCGUGAUCAAAGUCUGAGUUAUUGGUCGCAGGUACAUUCGAACUCGAAACGUUCAACAACGGAACGUAAUUUACAAGGACCUGGUGACUCAUUCCUUAGCGAUGUCUACGAGGAGAGUAUAUCGACAAAGACGCAGGGCUUGAUUGUGCUGCCAAAAGUGAGCAUCACCAUGUUACAGUCUUCUAUAAUUGAGGAGGUUAUUUCAGUCGCUGCGUUGGAUAAUGUACAGGAUCUCAGUUGCGUCUCCUUGCUUACAUUCUACAUAGAAGGUGUAUCGACUAAAUUUCAUUUGGGUAAAACGACACGUGCCUCAAUGCACAACGUUUACAUACAGCAAACUGUGCAAUCGGGUAAUAGCCAAAAGAAGGGUGGCAUAAUGAAGGGUACACGCGCCCUCUUAGCGCAUUUGUCCUCGCAAACGCGCCCAGAUAAUAUACAGGGCGAACCCAUAUUAAUUGAAACGUCCGAGAAACAGCUGGAGGAGUUGGUAAUCACAUUGGAUAUAGGACGUGCGCAUGCGCAAUUGCGUCGCUUGAAAACCGAAUCGAGUUGUGGACAAGAAUCACCUGUAAUUGUAACUGCUAUACCAGAACAUAAAAGUAAAGUGCUUUUUGAGUUGCUUAAAAUGCCAGAAAGUACGGGUGGUAUUGAAGGUAUUGGCUAUAUAAUCUUUGAGUGUGGCUUGGAGGGUGUAGGCGUUAAAAUUGUGAAACGUUCACAUUUCGAAAAGUCCGAGAAUACUAAAGAAGAUCUGGCUGAUAUUGCUGAAAGUGCCACCGAGGCAGCAGGCAUUGUGCGUGGUGUUAAUAUAAGUGAACUUGUGAGUGGCGCGAAUGCAGAUGGUAGCGCGACCUCGAAAGCCGAAGCAGCUUGGCGUUUGAUUACCAAAAAACCACCAACACCGAAAACACCGAAAGAAAAGUUCCAAACAGCUUUGGAAAGUAUUAUAGUGCCAGAGCGUACGGAGAGUAUGAGUGAAAAUCGCAAAUCCACUUCGGCGAAACCACAGGCCGAAGAAGAUGUCGAGAAGGGUAAGAAUGGUGGCAAGGAAUCGUUCGAUAAGAAGACGCCCAAUGUAAAAGAGACAGAGAAAAAUUCCUCAUGUGUAAUUGAGUUGAAAUCGGUUUGGUUUAAUUUCGCAGCGCCGCCAUGUGUGCCGAUUACAAGGAAAAUAGAUUUGACUCGGCUCGAUUGGAAUCUCUUGAGCACCGCUUCGCCGGCUAUUACCGCCUGGAUGAAUCCCAGUAAUCGUUUGGCUAUAAAAAUUGUAUCACUAAUGCGCGCAUUGCAUACGCGACAGACCGCCAUAGCCGCCUGUCUUAUGGCGGAUGCUCUGGAUAAUGAUAAAAUAAAACGCAGUCCUAAAAUCAAAAAGAGCCGCUAUUCCAACAAUUAUACGCUGCUUUCAAAAACACUACAAGAAGAUCCAAGCUGUCAACUCUGCUAUAUCAUGCAAAAACUGGUGUUGGAUGAGGGUGUGCAAAAAGUUGAGCAAAUCUUCAAACAAAGUGAUGUGCCACAUUUGAAUACAUUGCGUCAGGGUGUGAUUGUAUUGAGUCGUCAGUGGAAGAAUACACUAUACAAUCCAAUACUAUUUGAACAUCAAUAUAAAAAUAAAUUAGCACGUCCGAUAAAUGUGACAUUUUCGUUUCCGCAACAGGAGGAGGAAUGCGACGAUGCGGAAUGUGAAGGUGAAGCAGAUAUGGGUGUUUAUGCGGGAGUCGUCGACAAUCCCGAAGAGAGUGAGAAUGCUUUAUUACUUGGGCAAACACAGCAUCAUCGAAAUCAUAUUGAUACCUCACAAUUUGGCAUGAGCUUUGCCAAUGAGGCGUCACUGCAUGGCGCCGCACAGCGUUCCAACUCCACUUCGCCAAAUAUACAUUCAACACGGAAAGGCAAAGCGCUAAGUAAGUGUUCGAAUAUUUCACAUGGCAAUUCAUCUCGUUCCAGCAUACAAAUGUUGCCAAUAAUCUCAGGAUUAGUGGAGAAACAGGUGCCGGAAUUCGAGUAUGGUGCAUUGCAGGAGGGUUCAUUGAGUUCUAGCAAUUCGGUAAAUAAAUUUUGGAUUGGUCCGGAAAAUCAAAAGGAAGAUUUAUACUUUUGGAUGGCUAAACAGCAGGAGAAUAAGAAGAAAGAAAAUUCAGCAGAAAGAGAAGCUAUACGACCAGUACCGGUAAAAGUGCCAGGCGUUGGUCAAACUCGUGGUGGUAUUUUGCAGGACUCAAUAAAACUGCUCGAUGCGCACUUGAUUUUCGAACCGUUGCUCACAUGCCUGGGUGUAAUGCCGCAACAGAUGGUGAAUAAGUUUGCAAAUGCGGACAUUUCAUCCCUGGAGAAUUUCGGCACCAACCUUUCACUUAUUGGCACCUUCGACUCCAUACGUGUUGAUAUUGUUGUUAGUGAGGCUGGUGAUAAGAAGAAUAAAUGUUCAAAGUUGAAUAAAAAGUCUAAUGGUGCAGGACGGCAAUCGAUUAUGAUGGAUACACCUUUGUUUUUGUGUGAACGUGUUGGUGUUGAGCUGGAAGUGUUGAAGAAAUCCGAUGGUAUGGUUGAUCAGGCGCGACAAAAUGUAAUUUACAUGUCGCGCCGGCAACUGAAAAAGCACACAAGUACUGUGAUCAAUUUAAGCCUGAAUAUACGGUUUAUAUCACAGCAAGUCAAUAUGCCGCUUCUCCGUCUGCUACAUCAAAUUACUAACAUGUAUCAAAAUGUUAAAGAUGCCCAAAACGAGUUCCAUCAGCAACCAGAUUUGAUUAGAAAGUCACAUGCCAAAGAUGAAUGCAGUUUAGCCUCUGAACCAAAUGAUAUUGCAGCUUUUGGUUCUGUAUCAGAUCGCUUUGCGCAUACCGAAAAUUCUUCAGAUGAACGUUAUGACAAAUUCAAUGAAAUGAUCUCCAUGACACAUCCCAUUGGUGGCAGAGUACGACCAAGCGGAAUUGGUCCUUUAAUACAGCUGACACCAUCGCCAAAUGCACGAAAUCGACCAUCAAGUUUUGCCCAAAAGUUACGUUCAACUGGGAAAUCGGUCAAAGGAAAACUAGGCUACACAAAUUUAAAUGAGACCAGCUCCUCACCCCUACGCGACAGUCCCACCACGUCUGUAAGUGAACAGCACAUGUUUAAAUUGUUGCUAGAGUCCAAAGCAUCGCUGAAUGGCGUCUGCGCUACGAGUGUGAGUGGUGACUACAAUACAAUUACCAAAAAUGACUUUGAUGGCAUCCAGCCAUUGCUGCAGACUCCGAAUUGUUGGAAAACUAUUUACAAUUUAUUGGAAUUAUAUGGCACAAUGCCCGAAACAAAGACAGUGCAACGUACUUCCAUGUCUAAUGAAGCACACGAUGGAAAAUAUGGUGUAAAGAAGACUCCUGUGGGUGGUUUUAUGCGUCAAGACACGCGCAACGAAGAAGAUGAUGGCACGAGCGCGCCAACUCCCUUGCCACAGCAUCGCGAAUUAGUUGAAACCUUAUCACAAGAAAAGACGCGCUUAGUUGUGUUCGCUGUUGCGAAAAUUCAUAAAACACGUUUAAUGGCAACACUGAGUGGUUUAAAACUGGAAGCUGAAAUUACUACACUGAAUGGCAGUGCUACAUGGCGCAAAAAAGCACGACCAGUCUCAUUAGAAUGCUCAAUUACUGGUCAAGUAGGGCGUACUAUGAUCGUACUGUUAGAGGGCGUUGCACCAAAUCAACAAACUGUCGUAAAAGUGACCGUCGGCAAAUGUCAAACUCUAUACUCCAGCUUGACAAAGCGUGGCAAAGAUAAAAACAGCGGUCUACUCUCCAUUGGUCCUGUAAAUAUUGAAAUACCACAACAUCCUGUUGCUUUGCAUGGCAUGAUGACACGCAGCUCUAAGCAGCUUAGUUCUACUCUGCAAGAGCUGCGUGUUGGACGUAAUUCUGGCCGUUCGGCGUCACGUGCACACAAUCCAGAUGAACCAGAGUCGCCUUAUCAUUCACGUACGGCUGGUAAAAGCGUUGAUGCCAAAGAAAAGACACAUACACAACAAUCCAGUAAAAAGCCAGCACCCACACAUAAGCUACCACCACAGCAAAAUGGUUUACUCCAACCGUUAGUUAUGCAAUUCAAUAUUCUAUUGCACAGUUUGUCAAUAAAUGCAGCACUGUUGCCUUCAUUACAAGCGCAGUAUCGCAUGAAUUGCGUUAGUUCAACAGGUGUGACGGGUAAUCGUGCAAAAUUCGUUAUUGAUUUGCCGACACAUACGCUCAGCUUCAAUACGAAGAUACAGGUGCGGAAUGAAAUGAAUUUGCCCUCAGAAGCCUGCAUAGCGCUGCCACCAGUACAUGUGAGCGCUGAAUAUAUACCCGAACAUCGGCAAGAGGAGACGGAACGCGUUGAGGGUAUUGUUUUACGUCGAGGUGGUUAUGUGAAUGCCUCAGCAGAGAUUGGAGAAUUCGAACGCUGUCUCACCACAGAUCUAUUAAAUCACCUGGUCUUUGUGCAGAAGGUUUUCAUGCGCGAAAUCAAUGAAGUAUUGCAAAAAGUUUAUGGCGGAGAAAAGCCUGUACCACUGUGGUCCGAAGAUAGUGGCGAUACAGCCAGCAUGCAAGAGUCAUCUCUCAAACGCAUACUCUUCUCUAUUAAUAUCUCAAUGAAACGCAUACAAUUGACCGCUACAACACCAUGCUCUUCAGCCGUACGCUUUGAGACCGGCACAUUGGAGCUGCAUCUGUCUAAUCGUGUGAAGAAUUUGGGUGAAGGCAAUGAUCGUAAAAUGUUUGGCAAAGCGCAUAUCGAUUUCAAUCUGUCACUUGGCCAAAUUAUACGUAAUGUGAUUUUCGAUGAAGCCGAACCGGAAUUCCAGCAAUAUGCAUUCUUUCACACCACUAUCGGUUUGCGUAACGCCUUCCAAGAUGAGCUGUUGAAUGAAGAUAAGGAGUUGGUGUUGUUGAAAUUAAAACGGCCAUUACUCUAUAUACAACCCAUUGCGGUGGAUAAGGCCAUAUUGGUGUGGUUGAAUUAUAAGAAUGCCUACGAAUACUGGGCGGAGAAGCGCGCCAAUUUGAACUAUGACAACUCACAGACUUUUGAUCGUGUGGAUUUCGGACAGAUCAGCAAUAUAGCCGCUUCCAAUUUGUCUACAUUGUUUUUGCAACUCACUGUAGAGGAUAUGGGCAUAUGUGUGCCGUUAAACCAACCGACCAAUCCUUGGAGCUCACGCACUUAUCAUGACUUUGAAAGCAAAGGCGCUGUUGUUAUAACUCUCGAGAAUACUAUAAUAUCUGCUUGCAACUCUGGUUCACUGGUCUCCAAGGGCAAAUUCCAAGGUUUGUGCCUCCGUUUCGCUGAUGAUUUCGAAACAACACUGGAUGAUUGGAAACCAAAUGCCAACGAACCCAUAAUGAAUGUUUGUGUUGUCUCUGAGGGUACAUAUGAGGUGUGUUCGCGUACAACUGCUGCAAAGAAAAUGGAAAACGCCAAAUGGUUGCUUAAUGUGAAGUGGCAAAUGGAGGGUGUUGACAUACAUCUUGAUGUGAAUAUAGGCAAACAACUUUCCUCGCUCGGUCACACACUCACAAUGCUGACGGGCUUUGAGGAGGAAGAGACCAACAUGGAAUCGCCGGAUAGUGAUGAAGGCGAUCACAGUUGCCGUGAUACCUAUGUGCGCCGACGUGAAUUUGAUAAUCUGCCAUCGUUCGUGUUCGAUCCGACCAUCGAUUCGAAGAAGCGUUCAUUCAUGAUGGAAAAAGAGAUGGCGGAGCAAUUGAAAAUCAUCAAUGAUUUGCGCACACUUGGCGCUUCACAUAAUACCGUGGCGCACGAAGAGCGGCGUUUGCAGGAGCUACAAGCGAUAUGUUAUAAAUAUUUCCGUCGUGAUAUGAUCCAGAAAUGGAAGCGCCCAUCCAUGCGUCGGCCAAUGAAAUCCUCCAGUCGAUCUUAUUCGUUCAUUGGCGCCUCAGCGAAUCGUGAGCAAUCAGAUGAUACACUAAUGCCUGGUCCAUAUACGGGACGGCGUUUAGAUCCCAUUGCUUCCAAUGAUGAAAUUUCCAGCCUACAGAGUACACCUGUUUCGGGGCACUCACGUAGCGCUUCGUUAAAAACUUGCCCAGCUAAUCGUGUAACCUUUUCCGAAUCGAUGCGUCAGACGUCGUUGCCCAAUGCCGACACGGACAGUGAAGAUAUCGAUUGGCGCACACAGGAAGGCCACGGCGAAUCGACGCCAAGUGAAAUGGACAUUGACGGCACCUCGGUGGAAAUGCGUAAAAAGCACGGUUAUCAGCAGAAACAGCAAGAACCCAAUAUUGAUUUUGAACUCGACAUAAAAGUACUUGUAAAUUCAGGCAAAUGUGUGCUACAUACUAAAGAUACAAAGACCACUGAAGAGCGUUUACAGAUGAGCGGCCCAACAACGGUAAAGACACAUAAACGUGAGCGCAGCUUAGGCAACGAUUGGGGUAGUCCGACACCAUCACGUCGACAGCGUGAUAAAAGCAAGCUGCGGUACAACACAUCAAGCAAUGCAAUGCUCUCGGAGCUCACAAUAUUCCAUAUACCCGGUUUGGAUGUAAAAUUACACUAUCAGUCACGUACAGUGACCGAUUUCACGGAGAAUACACGCAGCAUGAGCGGAGAUAGCCACCACUCACAGUUACGGCGCUUGGGUAGCAAACGCGCGUCGCUCUUUGCUUGGAUGACGUUGCAGAGCAUACCAGAGGAAACGAUUAUUUCCCCACAUAUUUUGGAAUUUUUAGAACAGACGUUAGAACCGAUACCCACAAAAACGCCUGAUCUUAGUGGCGCUCAAACACCAUCGGCAAACCCAGUCAACUUGGAUAUUCUACCCACAAACUAUGUUACUUAUGCAUCCUUCCCAGUGGACGUUAUAGUUUACUUUCACAUGCAACCGUCAACUUUUCGAUUCUCUUGCUUGCCCGUCUCGCGUGUGGAAUGCAUGUUGCAAUUACCGAGUUUGGAUAUAGUUUUCAGUUCAAAACGUUCCGCUGAUGAGGAACCACCAAACCAGCAGGAACAUAAUUUGGACAAAAAACCUACUGGGGGCUUGAGUGUAACUGGUUGUUUGGCCGACUUCAAUGUGUAUAUCUUUCACCCUUACGGAGGCAAGAAGUCAAAUGUGAAAGAGGCACAAUUCUCGCCACUUUCGGACACAGAACGUAAAGAUUCGCUCAGCAUAAAUGUGGAGUUUGUGAAAUUCCAAUUGACACGCUGCCGCAAAGUGUAUGUUGAGCCAGCUGUUAUGAGUAAACGUUCCGUGGAUCAAUCGCGUGCAGUUAUACGAUUUUCGACUAUUGUGGAUAUUGGCAGCGCUUCGUUCAAAUACGAUAUGCGUCGUCUAACCGAGAUUUUGGCAUUCCCGAAGGCUUGGUAUCGGCGUCGCAUAGUACGACGAUUAUUCCUCGGCGAUUUGAGCAUGCAACACAUGGCCGGCACAGAGCCUGCCACACCAACUGGUACGCCAUCCACGCCGAAGGAUGCCACCGGGGGCAUCGGUAAGACGACUGGUUACGAUGCUUCCAAAUCACCAGCAGAAACAUUUUAUAGCAAGGAUAGAAUGAGUUUAGAUUUCGAUUCACAAUCAUCGCCACCACAACAGGCACCGAAUUCGGGUGCUGUACGUAAACUACGUUCAUUGGGCAAGUCCUCCAGCGCCGAGUCAUCAAGUACACCGCCUUCCGAGAAGAACCAAAUAACUGCGUGGGAAACGUUGGUAUUGUUUGCUGUGAAUUUCACAAAAUUGAAUGUACAAAUGAACAUGGGUAAUGUAAUGGGCAAUGUUGUGUGGCUAACCAAGGACUUUCAGUCAGAUGGCAGACUCUCUAUCGGUAGUACUGGCUAUAAAAAUAUGUAUAUUGGUAUAUAUUUAGGUGGCUCAUCGUUGGAUGCUAAAGGCGGCAUAGUCGGUGGUAGCUUUGAAGUGAAUAAAAUCAAUACGCGUUUCCAUAUAAAGGAAGAACCUGGUGUGGAACCAUACCAUACCAUACGUUUGAGCUUUAUGGCUUUAGAGCUACGACUCGACUAUAUGGGUACAUCGGUAUUGAUGACGCGAAUCAGUUCGUUUUUGGCUGCAAUGAAAGACGAAUGGAAGACCUCCAUAAAUGCGUUGUCCGCAACAGAUUAUGGCGGCAGCGUAAUUACGGUUGGAGGCCAUACUACCAAGCCGCGAGCGAUAAUUUUCAUACAUGGCGAUUUGUCGUGGGAUCAGCUGCAAAUAAUGAUUUCAAAGUCCACAACAGCGGAUCUCCUAAAAAUGUAUUACAAACUCGAAGAAUUCUUCACACAACAAUUUAAAUCGUCGAAGCGCGUAUUUUCCAGUCUCGAACCACGAUUACAUGAACGAAAUGCGAGCAUGAAGCGCAGACAUAAUCGUGAUAAGAAGAAAGCAACAACAAAUGGCGCUACUGACCCUGCUGCUACCCAAAACCCAGAUUUCUCUAACACUGAUGCUCGACAUCAUCGUCAUUGGCAGAAACCAUUAGAACAGGCUAUUGGUCUGGUAGUGCCGACUCUGGUGACACGCUUACCACGUAACGGUAAUGUGCUCGGUGGAACUGUGGAGCUACAUGGCAAUAAUAUUUCGUUAGCUUGCUUCCAUGGCAUUAAUUUCAAGUCGAAAUCGUGGGCUUUGUUUAGUUUAAAGUCGCCGUCAAUCAAUUUCGCCACUGAGGCACAUCAAGCACAUGACACACAUGACGUAUAUGUAACCCAAACACUGACAUCUUGCUUAGGGCAGACUACGGAGGUGCAACAGCAGAAUCACUCCAUGGCCAUUGUCAGUAGAAUUUCGCGUAAUAUAAUUUUCCCGCCUCAAUUUAAAACACUGAACGAAUGGUUCCAUUAUGCGUUUGCCAAUAGCGAAAUCGAUUCUGUGGACCGUUUCCCCAUAUUAGAACGUGAUCGUGAGAUCGCAUCGAACUCCAUAGAACGUACGCGUGCUGCAGGCGCCAGCGCAAGUAAUUCUUCUAAAACCCAGGAACACAACCACAAUCGGGAGGUGAUAUUUGCAUUGCCCAGUUUGCAACUAAACUUCAAGACUGAACACAGACAAGGCGCUCAUACGCCAGAAGCGACAGAAAACAAGCCGGAAGUGCUCUGCAGUUUCAUAACCGAAUUUGAUGAUCACAUAUUUGUAACAGUGGAUGCCGAUGCAUUCUUUUUCUUGCACGAUUUGAUUACCUCUUACGUUAAGGAGAAGGAAAAAGUGCAGGUCGGCGCUCAAUCAGUACGUGCUGCCUCGCCAAAUCUUUCACAGAAUUUAAAGAGUCAAUUGAAACCAUAUGUAACAGACGAAAUACUCAAAGAUGCAAAUAAGCCAUCGUCGCCCGUGGGUAAUAGUUCAGCAGCAAAUGCAGCUACGGCCAGCAAUACGUCUGUUAACGCCGCUUCAAACCCUGCAUUGGAUCAGAGUAGCAGCUUACAUGCCAAUAACAGCGAUAGUAAGAGCAAUAGCAAAACGAAUAUAGACGCUGCUUUUAGUGUAGGCAAGAAAGAUGCAAACUUACUUGCUUCACCAACACCAUCAACAUCAGCUGCAGCUGCUAGCGGUUUAGCUUCGCCCACUAGUGGAGCAACAACAUCAAAUGCAGCGAAUGGCGCUGGCAUAAAUGGCAACUCGAUCGAUUUGGAAUCGUUUGUACGUGAUUGGCGUCACUUUGAAUGCCAAACAUGGCAUUUGGAACCGACUGUGCGUCUGCUAUCAUGGGCUGGUAAAUCUAUUGAGCCCUAUGGCAUUGAUUACAUUUUGAAUAAGUUGGGUUUUGCGCAUGCGCGCACAACUAUACCCAAAUGGUUGCAACGAGGCUUCAUGGAUCCAUUGGAUAAGGUGCAAGCGCUCAUGAUGUUACAACUGCUGACAAUGGUGCGUGAAAAUAAAGUGGAGAACUCACCAAAAUCGAAAUCUUCGAACUAAUUUAAUCCUAGUUUUAAUAACUGUAAUUAUUUGCAAUUUAAGUGUUUUUGCUAGCAAAAUAGGUUAUUUGUGAAUGAAUGGAACGAACACCUUGUAGCAAGAUCUAAAUAGAUAUGUUUUAUUUUUUGUGUGAUGCAUUUUCUACGGUGUUUUGUAGGUAAAAUUAGCGCUGAUUGUGCUUUCAUAUUUAUGUAUGUAAAUUAUGCAAUACUCAAAGUAUUAUUGAAAGUGUAAUAUUUUUCGCUUAAUAAUGAUUUUGUUGGAAUUUGUUAGAAUGGUAAGCAAAUUGAGAAGUUGUAAGUGGAAUGUUGAAAAUUAAAGUUUUAAUGCAAUUGUAUAUUAUUGCAAUAUCAAAUUAUUAUAUGCCAAUGUAAUCGAUAAAUAUCAACUAUACAUGAGAAAAAGCAGUAAAUCAGUAAAUAAAUAUGCUGAACCAUAACAAGUCUA